AUGCCUCAAACCGACACGGUCCCCAUUAAUCCGUUGUCCACCACAAUCCGUCGUCGAUCCGUCGUGUCCACUCGUCAGCGUGCAUCGGAGUGUUGCGGAUGCGUUGUGAUAAAAUUGUCCGCCAAACCGACAGUAUUUUUUUCCUCCCGCAGAUUUUCCAAAGUUUUUCCUUUAUUUCGAUUUUGGUACACUUUUGUUUUGCAUCCACCGUUUGACCGCUUUUCUUAUCGUGGCAGACCGGAUGUGCUGGAGAGCCAGCUCGUAUCCGCUUUCCGGGCGGCCGCAGCGCUUCCCGACACCGAAACGCUGGACCUUCGCCAGCCAUCGCUCUCCCCGUUGGAUGACGCUCAUCAUCAGCAGCAGCAGCAGCACUAUCAUCACCAUCAUCAUCAUCAGCAGCAGCAAGCUCAGCACCAUCAUCCACAUCCGUUGUCUCUAUCGGAUUACUCCCGGAAGCGUUCGCACCGUCACCUCGCGGAGUUACCCAAUUUCUUUGCCUCUCCCAGCCACGCACCGGCCGGUGCUGGGGAGCUAGGACCCGGGGGGCCACCGGAACCACAGCACGGGGCUCGCAAAAAGCCCAAAUUCUCGAACGCUGCCGCCGCCGCAGCUGCAGCCGUUGCGGCCAACUACUACGACAAUGCAUAUCUUUCGUUCGAGAAGAGCCUCCGAGGUGCUUUCGGGGGCUCGGGGGAUCCGAUGGGGGUGUCAGCACUGCUCGAUGGACACCCGGCCACUGGGGCACUGGAUCCGUACGGUCAUCAUCUGCUGAGCCCGAUUAACUACACGCUCACGGCGGAAGCUAUCAACCGGCGUAUCCGCAGUACUCUAGGAUUGGACGACCCGACGGAACUGGGACCCCGCGAACGGGGCACUCCUACCAAAGCCACACCGGACACGGGUGUCGGUGAGUGCUGUACGACUGCCCCAAGUCCGGAUUGGAUGCGACGGGGUACGAGUGUCGCUGGUCCAACCGGUCUGGUUCUUGGGGACCCCGGAGCCUAUGGCCACAGUCCCGUCGGUCCCGGCACACCACCGGUAACGACAUACGAGGAACACAAGUUUGCGGCCCACUUCUCUCCGGUUCCCCCGACCACAACAAUGCACGAUGACAACAACAACGUGGACAAGAAACCAACUUUCCAGGAGUAAUUGUCUGGCUUUAGGUCGGCCCCAAGGUAAGUAGAUCCCGAGGCAGAGACCCUUGUGGUAUUAACACACAGAACUGAGAACUGAAGCAUAAAUGCUGGAUAGGAUGAGAUUAGGAUUUCCAAUUUUUGUGACAAACGGCACACUCGCGAUUUGCUUGCUGACCUCUUGAAGUCCCCGCGCGAAAGUGUGCCCCGCGCUGAUCGUCUACAUUAAGUUACGAACCUUUUUACGCAACCUUUUGGAACACAUGAUCAUGUGGAGUAACGAAACGGAGUCCACGAACUAACGGUCCUGGAAUAUUGACUGAGCUCUUGUUGAACUGUAUAAUUAAGCUGCACGAUGGAUACCGUUAAAAAAUUGCUAUUCUACUCUAGUCAUUAAUCUAUUUCUUUUCACAUUGGAUAAAUGCGACGAAAUGCGAAGGGAUUUAUAUUUUUUUUUCAAAUGGGUUCCGACAUUUUCAUUCAUUUUGUUUUAAACUUCAUGUAAGCUAGUUUGAACAUUUGAAAACAACUCUACUGAUACUGAGUCCCUUCCAAAGAUAAUCAAAACUACUGGAAAAGAAAAACAAGACACAGCAAUGUCUCUGCUAGAAAGAAGCAAAACCUUGGUGAUUAUUCUUAGACUGAUUAGAUAAUAUACGAACACAUCGGUAUAUACACUAGUGGCGCGAUCGGCAAUGGAAUGGAUUUAGCAGGCGACCCAACGGGGCACUCCGAUAUGUAAUCGACUAGGUUCUGGCGGUGAAACAGCGGUUAAUCGGAAUCGGGAACGAGCAAACAAAAGCAUUCAAAACAUUAUACACACAUACAUACGUAUAUAAUGGUAGAGAUACCGCUAGGGUUGAGUCCUUGUGGCGUAGGCAAACUUAAAACAGCGAAUCCCCCGUAAGAAAUCCAAAUCACUUCCCUCUGUAUCGAUAGAGUGUUGCGAAGCAGUUCGCAUAUAUUGGACCUAUGGCUGAUUUGACAGACACCGAAAUAAAGCACGUUAAAUGAUUCUUCCAAAAUUUGUAUUGCAU